AUGCGUCUGUCAGACUAUCCCGUGGUCUUCACUUCAGACUCCAACUACUUCUUCUCAUGUAAUGCCAGGUCGAUCCGCAUUCUUUCCGUAGAGACGGGUCAGGUUGUCCGUAUUCUAUCUUCGUCCGUCGAAGAAGGGGGACACAAAGACACUGUUACAUGUGUCAUGCUUAACCUAAAGAACCCUCUGCAGCUUUACUCUGCUUCAUUGGAUGGAACCAUCAAAUUGUGGGACUUUAAUGAUGCUGUUCUAUUACAAACCUUUGAUACAACUGUACCAAUCACCCAUAUGGUAAUUUCUGGAAGCAAUCCAAACCACGUCUACUUGACCACUACAAAAACUUCCAAGAAACAGCAGCAGUUUCAGGCUAGGAAAACUGGUGAGCUUCGUGUGAAGCAAAACUCAGUAUUGCUGCGAUUUUCGCUCAAGAACACACGCAAGCGACUGACUCGUUUGCUCAAGACUCGUAGCUGCUCAGGCUUGGCGAUCUCCUCGGAUGGAGAGCAUUUGGUUCUGUCAGCUCGUAACAAACUGCAUGUCAUUCAUAUUGGAGCAGGAAACGGAAUUGAGGAAGGUGGGCUGACUGAAAACGAUGAGUCUCGGUUUAGAUGCUAUGUGACUCCGGAGAAGAUUACAUGUUUGGCGUUCCAUCCUACAGAGGGCUGCAUUGCUACAGGAGAUGAACGUGGACGCAUUACAUUGUGGUACUGUUUCGGAAAGAAUAUUGACCGGCCUGUGACGACAACUAUGCACUGGCAUGCUCACCAGGUUGCAGCUCUUGCUUUCACAUCAGAUGGUAACUAUCUGCUUUCAGGAGGAGAGGAAUCUGUGUUGGUGAUUUGGCAGCUUCAGACAGGUUUCAAGCAAUUUUUGCCCCGAUUAGGGUCAGAAAUUAAGCAUAUCACAGUGUCGCCUGAUCAGUCCCUGUAUGCGAUCGGACAACAGGAUAAUUCAGUCAAUGUCAUUAGGAGCAUAGACCUCAAGAUCAAGAUCGCUAUACAAGGACUUAAGUAUUCUCAUGUAAACCAUCUUCACAACCCUCUUUCUACAGGACUGGUAAUUGAGCCACGUAAUGGCCAUGUUGUUCUUAAUGGAUUACCUGGCACGCUUCAAUUUUAUGAUCCAAUCAAAGAGCAGCAUAUUAUGGAGCUGGAAGUCACUCCCCGCAAUAAAGUCUCGCGCACUGACGAGAAAGAAAUCAUCCCACCUCGCGUUAUGCACUGCGCCUUUUCUAAUGACAAGAGCGCUCGCUGGAUGGCUACUGUCGAUGGUCGUGACGAUCAGGAAACUACGCCUGAGCUUUAUCUCAAGUUCUGGGAAUAUGAUUCGGAUGCUCGUACUUAUAUUCUUAAUACUCGAGUGGAUACACCCCAUUCAAAGGAAAUAACCUCGUGUGUGUUUAACCCUCGUGAGGGUGAUCAUGCACCUAUGGUCGUCACUACUUCUUUAGAUGGAACAUUCAAGGUCUGGGAGCUUACUCAUCAAGGGGAGUCACGUCGUGGCAUUGAGGCGGAGCGCGCCUGGAGCUGCAGAUCGACUGGAUUUUACCGAGACAUGGUACCCUAUUGUUCUGGAUUUUCAUCAGAUGGAUCGUUACUCGCUAUCGCCUAUGGCCAGAUUAUCACUCUCUGGAAUCCUUACCUCAAUACGCUUCAAGGAGUGUUGACGCAACCUCCAGAAACGAGACCUAUCAAGCAUUUGGUUUUCAUCAAGAACUCUCCUUUUCUUAUUGCUGCCACUAAGGAUCAUCUGUACUCUUGGAACUUACUGACAUGCUCAGUAUGGUGGAAUUAUCAAAUUAAUGUUGAGGCUCUGAAGGCUUCGUCUACAACCCCUCAUUUCAUGAUCACCUGCCCUGAGCAUAAAGAAGAGUCAUCACAACACACCAUAAUUGUUUUCAAGCCCACGAGUCCCAAGCCAGUAUAUAUGGAGACCAUCAGCAAGAAGGUUCGCGCAGUUACGUUCAUGCCAGACCCUACAUCUCCGUCCAAAAAAGCCCAAAAUGAUGUAGUAGAACCUAUUUUGAUCAUGAACUAUGAUUUCGAUCUUGAGGUCCUGGGCGGACGUACCGCAGAGGAUCUGAAGGCAGAAGCUGAGGAGGCUGCGGAAAAGGCAAGAGCAGCGGCACUGGAGGUUGAAAAGCAAAAGUCAUUAGUGACCGAUAUUUUUGGAUCUUCAGUCAAGGCAGAGAGCAAGAAGGAGAAGAAGGAGAAAAAAGAGAAUGCGAUCAGGAACACAGGGUCAAAGAAGAACAUGGUGCGCAAUCCUUUGUUCGAUGCACCUUCACAUGUUAUGGCGCCAGUCUCAUCGUUGUUUGAGGCGUUCAUGGCCCAAUUGCUGACCCAGAAUAUGACAGGGAAAGAGGAAGUCAAAGCCAAGAAGAAGCAGCAAAAACAGGAGCAAGAGGAGCAGGAAGAUGAAGAGCAAGCUAAUGGCGAGGUUGCUGCUGUUUCGGGAGAUAUGGAUAUGGAUGGUGAGGAAGAUAAUAUAGCAACGGAGACAGAACUUCCCAGCUCGUUAGUCAACUUCUUCUCGUCUCGAUUAACUGUAUAA